AUGUUGUUCAUUCUCCUACUGUUCCUCACGACCUGCGUCGCCAAAGCAGGCCCCGUCGACAAUGGCGCGGUCGUGACCCUCGCUGGCAUUCCAUACUACGUGGGCAGUAAGCCUAUUGGUCAGAUAAGCAAAGAGAUUUACCAUCAGAUCAUGAGUGCUCAGUCAGUCAACGAUGACAGCGACUUCUACCCUUUGACGGUCUUCGAGACGUCCGCUAGUCAAGUCGAAUCAGAGGAGCUCGCCAAUUUGACAGCUCAGUAUGAUAUCGAGGAUGAUGUGUUCCAACCCGCGUUCCUAUACAGCAUAUACAUCAGGUCCAUCAUCAACCAGACCUGGGGUGUCGAUAUAUCACGCUUGGGCCCGUACCUGGACGGGACUAACACCUCAUUGCUGAUGUCUUCAGGCAAUAUCGCUGCCGAUUUGACUGGUCGGGCUCAGUACAUCCCGCCUUUGAAUAUCGCGAAAGGUCCUUACUUCGUCUCGACCUGCACUGGUGGCAUAUUUAAAGCCCAUAGAUUAUACAAUGACGACUACCUUGCAUUUGUCCAAGGUGUCGUCAGUGACGAGGCUGGGGCUUUUAAGUCUCUGCCAGCAGUUCUGGAAAACGUCAUGGCAAAAAGCAUCGCGGUUCCAUCGAGGCUAUACUACACUGCGACACCAGAGCAGCCGCUAGCUGGUCUUCGUUUUGGUGUCAAGGAUAUCUUUCACGUCAAGGGAGUAGGAACAAGUGGCGGCAGUCGAGCGUACUUCUACCUGUACGGUACCCAGAAUGCAACUGCCCCGUCCGUGCAGCGCCUGAUCGACCUUGGCGCCGUCUUGGUUGGAAAGAUGGGUACUGUCCAGUUUGCCAACGGAGAUCGCCCAACAGCUGAUUGGGUCGACCUCCACGCUGCCUUCAAUCCGAGGGGCGAUGGGUAUCAGAUUCCCGGCGGGUCUUCGACUGGACCCGGUGCUGGUGUUGCUGCGUACGAGUGGCUUGAUCUCGCGGUUGGCAGUGAUACUGGCGGCUCCAUGCGAGGCCCAGCAGGCGCCAACGGUAUCUUUGGCAACCGACCGUCUACCGGUGCCAUUUCUAUGGACCAUGUCAUCCCACUGAGUCCUGUCUCUGACACGGCCGGCAUUUUCGCGCGGAGCGGUAGCUUGUGGGCCAAGGUCACCCAGGUGUAUUACGAGACCAUGGCAUCCAAUUACACCUCUUAUCCGAGCAAGAUCUACCGUAUGCGAAACGACGGUUCUGGUCGGAACUCAGCUGGUGCUUCCGAAGAAGUUUUAUCCAUGGUCGACGAUUGGAUUCUCUCGCUCGAAAGCUUCUUGCAAGUCAAGUCCACUGCAGCCAACUACACAGAGCUUUGGUCAAGUACGCACGAGGCCGACACAGAUAGUCUGGCUGAUAUGCUAUAUCUGACAUACGGAACCUACGUGUCGCACGACCAGUGGCGCCUACUUGGGAAACCCUUCUUGGAUGACUAUGCCGCUGUACACGACGGCCGCCAGCCGUUUAUAAACCCAGGUCCGCUAUCCCGCUGGAGAUACGCCCAAGCGAAUGUCACUGAGGAGAUUUAUGCCCAGGCUCUCUUCAAUAUCUCCACAUUUACGACAUGGUGGGAGACAGAAGGGUAUGGGCGUUCCGACCCAGAGUCCUGCUCAGAGGGUCUUUACACCUAUAUCUGGGGCAACGGCUUGCCGUCGUAUCGUAACCAAUACACAGCAGCGCCCACUGGACCACCAUUUGGGUUGGAUGACUGGGCCAUUGCAAAUUUCGCUGGCGUCCCUGAGAUCGUUGUGCCGAUUGGAGAAGUCCCCUACAACAGUACUGUCUCCAUGCAGAUCGAGUACCUGCCAGUCACUGUGGUAUUGAGGAUGGCACGAGGCUGCGACUAUGUUCUUGCAAGUCUGGUCGACGAUCUUGAGCAGGCAGGACUUCUUCGACCUGUCGCAACCGGACCAAGACUUUACACAUGA